AUCGCUGAAAAAUAUUCUAACAAGUGUCUAGCUGUAAGGUCCACUCAAAGUUAUAUGUAAAAAAUCUUAUAUUCGUCACCGAACAUUAGAUUUGUUUCAAUCUUAGCAAGACAGUUGUGCUUGGUAUGCACUGUAGCUAUAUGUUUCAGUGAGAGUGUUAAACGUUUGAUAGCUAGCUAGCAAGAGAGACCACUCACAAUCCGUCUUGAUCUGCACUGCCAGCAUUUGAAGAGCUAGCUUGGGAGGAUGACCAAAAAACAAAAGCAAACCACAAGUUUCACACCUCCCCAGCCUAGGUCACUCAGGUCAAGGAAGAGAAAGUGCAGUGAUGAGUCAGAGGAGAGCGCCCCCUCUGGAGAGGCACAGCCCUCACACCUUGAACAGCAGGACACUGAGGGAACAGUGUUAAACACCACCUCUCCUCCUAAAGAUCCCCACUGCCCUCUGACGGCCUGUACUACUCAUCCAUCUCAGCAGGCUAACAAAGCGGGAGAUACCACUGCACCCAAGCAAGAGGGGGAUCCAGUGGAGGAAAGUCCGGUUGUGACUGGCUUCGAGGGAGAACAAGCCAUUGGAGGGGCUGUGGAGGGGGCGGGCACAGAGGAGUCAGUUCCAACCAAUCAGGAUGGUGGAGAUAGUCCACAGGAAGACCAUAGUGUGGAGCCCUCUGUCAAAGAUGACGAGGGUAGAGAAGAAGACAUCAAGACACAGAGUUUCCUCAGCUUCCCCCCACACCCACUGACUGUAGCACAGCCCCAACCCCAGCCCUCCCUGCUUCCCUCCAAGGAGGUCAACGUUGGGGACGGGGACAGUCAAACCGACAAGGAAGAGGAGCAGUGUGGAGAGAAGAACCCAAAGCCCAAUAUGGAGGAGCUCGACAGUGAACAGCAGGAGGCUAUAGAUGACAGAGGUGUUUGUCUGGGUGGUGGGAGGGAGGGGCCACCAGUGGAGGAGGACAGAUCUGUGGAAGAACCAGUGAAGAAGAGGAGAAGGAGAAUGGGGAUGUGUGGUCUGGGAGAGAGAGAGAGGAGAGGAAUAGGGGAGCAGUGGCAGAAGGAACGAAAGAGUGUGACGGAAGGAGGGAGGGAGGGAGAGGAGAUGGUGCUGGUGAGGAAAGCUGAGGAGGAGAAAGUGGAGAAAGAGAGAGAGGAGGACAUCGGGCAGAGUGGUGAUAGUGGUGGUGGUUGUGCCAACCUGGUGGCUGUAGAGGGAACUACAGCAGCAUCAUCCUCUGAUCCGUCCCUCCUUUCAUUCAUCCCUCCAUCCGCUCCUCUUGGGAGUACCACUGAGCAGAGGAAGGAAGAGGGGGAGAAGUUAGAUGAGGAGCAGCUUCAGUCAGGGGGAGACCCCAGCCAGGCAGACCCCAGCCAUGCAGACCCCAGCCAGGCAGACCCCAGCCAUACAGACCCCAGCCAUGCAGACCCCAGCCAGGCAGACCCCAGCCAUGCAGACCCCAGCCAUGCAGACCCCAGCCAUGCAGACCCCAGCGAAGUGGCUUAUUCUGGGACAGAGCAGGUCACAGGAGAGGGUUUCCGGACUGGCCUGGAGGUGGACCCACUGAGUGAGCAGCCUGUGAUGUUGGUGGAAGAAGAGCUGGACACAGAGGGGGUUGUGGAGAAGAACCAGGAGGGGGACAGGGGGGGCUGUGGGUCUAAUGAGCCAGAGGAGAGCCCCCCUAGGGCCCCUACACCAUCCUCCACCACCACCCCUACCUCUAUCCCUCUGGAGGCUGGGACAGAGAGGGAGCACCACAGAGAGGUUCAGAGCUCAACUACCCAGAGAGAGGGGGGGGCUGAAGAUGGGGCUGGGAGUGUGGCCGACCCCCGGGCACUCAUUCUGUCCCCGGCUGACAGAGGAGAGUCCACCAUGCCUCGCCCCACAAAGCCAGGUCCUGGAAGGGAGGGGCACAACCAGGCUCCAGUGACACCUGGUGGCUCGGAGGAGAACAACCACUCCACCACCUCAGACCUGACCAGAGACAACGAUGAUGCUGCUGUCGUUGAUCCGUUUGGAGUGCUGCCUCUGGACGAUGUGUCUGACUCUCAACUCAACACCAUCACUCUGACUGAGAAAGAGGAAGAGGAGAAAGAGGAAGGGCAUGAAGACGCUACAGAACUGGUCUGUGGCCUGAUCAGAGAACUCUCCUACCUAAAUCGGGUAGUGAUGGCUACCCAUCGGGAGCUAGAGUCUCUUCGCCGUGGCAACAAGACAGUGAGGCCUCCCCCACGCCGCGUCUUCCCCCCACGACGCUCUGAGAUCUAGACUGCCUCCCAAAUAGCACCCUAUUCCCUAUAUAUAGUGCCCUACUUUUGACCUGGGCCCAUAGACACUAUAUAGGGAAUAAGGCUCUGGUCAACAGUGGUACACUAUAUAGGGAAUAAGAUGCCAUUUGCCAUCAACGGUAACAGUCUUCACAUAGCGGAGGCUCACUUGAAGUUGAUUUGUAUUUAUGUUUUGACUUGAAUACUCCAGAUCAGUUUGAGAACAAUGAUCCAAAGUAUCAACCCAGAUGAGAACUGAAUGUUUGUCAAGUUAUAUGGACACAACGUUAUAAUAAUAAUGCUGGUCUAUAAUACCAUUUAAGGGUUCUUUUCUUCUCCUCUGCCUUUCCUAAUGCUGAGGACAUCCGUUUGGAACAGUAUGUAGUUACUGUGUUUUGUAGAAUGUGUUAUAAAAUAAAUGAUCACUAAGGUGAAUCUUUGGUUAUUGUA